AUGCCUAAACUCUCAAGUUUGACUUCUGAAGGAGAACAAUCUAGUCAAAAAUUCAUAAAGAUACUUGUAAAAGCUAAUAAAACUUCCGUAGUCAAUCCGAAAGAGAUGUUUAUCUCAUUUCGUCAACAAUCUUUAACUGCAAUAAUGUUCCAAGCAUGUAUUUCACAACGUGAUAUUCAAAUAUUUGUGUAUUGUUUAACAAAACAAUUCAUCGAUAUGGUCGAAUCUAUCGAAAAAGCUACUGAAGAUGAAUAUCAAUUAGAACUAGAAUGUAUGGCAGACUCCACACCUCCGCAAACAAUGAAACACGGACGAACAUGGAUGAAUGUUUCAUUUCUAUUUCAAAAGAAAAUCUUAUGGAUAUCGUUUUUACUGUUAGCGAUUGUCGGUGUUUCUACGGUUGUUUGGAUCUCGAACCAUUCAACUAGGAAGAAAGAUAUGGAAAAUGAUGAAAAGUUACCCCAAUUACGAUCAUAUACGUCGGGAGAUAGAUUUCGAGAACGUGAUGAUAUUGGCUAUAUGAAUGUUUUUCUUCGCAAAGAUGCUGAUGAUAGACGACGUCAACCAGAACGAU